AUGAGUACCAUGGAGGUUAAGCUCUGGAAUGACAAGCGCGAGAGAGAAAUGUAUGACAACUUUGCUGAGCUUUUUGCCAUCAUCAAGGCCACUGAGAGGCUUGAGAAAGCCUAUAUUAGAGAUAUAAUCUCACCUCAAGAAUAUGAGUUAGAGUGCCAGAAGCUCAUUGCUCAUUUCAAAACCUUAGCUUCCACCCUUAAAGACACCGUGCCUAGCAUUGAGCGAUUUGCAGACACUUACAAGAUGGAGUGCCCGGCUGCACUUAACCGCCUUGUAGUGUCUGGUGUGCCUGCUACCGUAGAGCAUCGCGCCACUGCAGCUGCCUCUGCUUCCACCUCAGCUGCUGCUGUGGCUGAGUGUGUGCAGAAUUUUAUUACAUCAAUGGAUUCCUUGAAACUUAACAUGGUGGCUGUAGAUCAGGUGCAUCCAUUGCUCUCGGACCUAUAUGCAUCACUCAAUAAGUUGACAAUCCUGCCGCCUGAUUUUGAGGGUAAAACCAAAAUGAAGGAAUGGAUUGGUAGGUUAUCCAAGAUGGGUGCAGCUGAUGAGCUGACAGAACAACAGGCGCGGCAGCUUCACUUUGAUCUUGAGUCUUCUUACAAUUCAUUUAUGGCAGCCUUACCCAAUGCUGGUACAUGA